AGUUUUUUUUUCCGAUUUUCUCGACGUGAACGGACGUGUGUGCUCGUGUGAUGCGGCGCCAGUUGGCAGGUAGCGUAGUUUACCUUUGCCGCUCUACAAAAGUCAACAACAAUAACAACAGCAAGAACAACAAGAACGACGGCGAUAAUCGCAGGCAACAACAACUGCAGCAAUAGGCGCAUAUUCUUAAUUGUGUUUACCUUUGAUUGUCAUUCGCCAACGUAACAUACACACACAAAAAUACAGAUAAACAUACAUUUUAUAACUGCGAUUUGACUGCGUGUGUGCCGUCGCGUCCCCUCCAUUCCCCGCCCCCUCUCUUUUUGUUUGUUUGUUUUUGGUUCUUGUUCUCUCGGGUUUUCCUUCAAUUGGAAUGUGCAGCGAAAAGAAAGGCAAGAAGAAAAGCCAAGCGAAAUAAAAAGCAAAGAACAAAUCAAAUCGGAGCAACGGUAUUAAAAUUUAUAUAAGCACUAAAAGCGCAUAACAUAAUUUACAAUUCACACACAGACAUCCAAGGCAACUACUUCAAAAGCAGUAAUAAAUACAAUUUUACACAUUCACAUUCCAUUUUGAUUCUGUUGUGUGUGAAAAACUUAUAAGAGGAAAAAAAGUAAACAACAAAAACACGAAACCAACGGCAAAUAACAAAAGUAUCAACAACAACAACAAGAGCAACAUAGCAAAGCAGCGAAGUCAACGUCAAAGAAGAAGAAGAAGAAGCAAGAUAAAUACAUAGCAAUUUCGACUAAAUAAAGUUAACCAAACGUCGUCGGUACAAUCGGAACGUUCCGUUCCUGCGUUUCCGUUUCACCGCCCUUCCGCUCGUUCCACGCGCUCCUCUCCCGCGUGAGAGAGGGCCACUUGUUGCCGGCUUUGCAAUCCAUUCCCCUGAUAUCGAAUAUUGGCUUUUGAUUGACUAAUUGAUCCCACCCACCGAAGAAGAUUGGGGGGCAGGAGAGAGCUCAGUGGAAGAAGAAGGAUCAGGAUCCAUUGGAAGGCAUGCAGUUUAUGGCCAGCGGUUACUUCUGUGACUCCUGCAGCAACUCCACCAUCACCUUCGGCUUCUGUUCCAGUCUCCGCUGUUCCAAACUCUUGCGAUGGAGAGCGAACAGCAGGAUGUUGGUGGCGGAAGUGGACCGUUAUGUCGCAUCUGCAUCACCACCCACCAUCAGCACAACAACAGCAACACAGCCACAACAGCCAGCCGGCCAAUGAUUCCCAUCUUCGGCGAGGAUGCGCUUUGGCAGAAGAUAACCACGCUGGCCAACGUUAAGAUCAGCAAGAACGACACUUUGCCGCAACAGGUGUGCGUUGGCUGUGCCAAGACGGCGAUCUCGGCCUGCGUGUUCAAGAAGAAGUGCGAGGAGGCGGACAGCUUCUACCGCCAGCAGCUGAGGCUCCAGAAGAUCGAGGGCGCCGAUCCGCUGGAGUCCGGCAGCGCUGCCGCCGAUCAGGCCAAAAGCAGCGGCUGCAGCAGCGGCAGCGGCAGCAGCAGCGCCAGCGGAAGUGGCAGCAGCUCGACGAGCAGCAGUUCCUCCUCCGACGACGAGGACGAGGACAAUGAUCAGGAUCACGAUCAGGACCAGGAUCAGGCCCAAGAAGUUGAAGCUGGAAGCGAGGCACACAAGCGGCUGCAGAACGGCCAUGGCCAGACGAUCAAUGGUCAUCGGGAUGACGGGGAUGACGAGGCGCCCGAGGGAACUGGCAACAUUGAGGAGCCGGAGGAAGGGGAUCGAAAUGGGAUGGAAGGGGCGAAUCCCGAGGACGGGGAGGAUGGUGAGGAUGUGGAGGAGAUAACCCCACUGAACCAUCACCACAACGAUGACGAUGGCGAGAUAACCGUCCACGGAGUGCAUCCCAAGGAGCCAUACGACUUCAACUCGAUUCGCCUGAUGCAGGAGUACAUGCAGCAUCAGAUGAACAAGUUCCCCAAUGGCUCCGCCACCGGUCCCGCGGGUCAGGAGAUGGACCUCGAUCUCGACCAGCAGCAUCGCGACGACGACGACGACGACGAUGAUGAAGACAUGUCGCUGCCGCUGAUACCCGAGAUCGAGCUGAUCACGCCGGGCGAUGAAGCGCCAGCGGAUCCCUCGAACCCCAACGACUUGGUCAACGGAGUCGGAGGCGUUGGCGUCGUGGCUGGAAUGCAGGGACCGGGCUUCCAGUGCCCGCAUUGCUACCAGAUCUUCGAGAUGAAGCAGAUCCUCAAGGCGCACAUGCAGAGCGUCCACGGAGCCCCGGGUCCGGUGUACGAGUGCAGCAACUGCCGCAAGACCUACUUCUACAAGCGUUUCCUGGAGAAGCACAUUCGGCGCGGGCGAUGCGUCAAGAAGCGUCGCAACCAAACCCGGCCGAUGCAGUGCUCGGAUUGCCAUGUCCUCUUCCCCACGGGCCACCACUUGGGUUGGCACAAGCGCACCGGCUGCCCCUCGAAGGCGGCCAAAAUGCCACUGCAGCAGCUGUUCAAGCAGAACAUAGUGCAGUUCAACAAUUUCCCGAAGCGAAUUGCCGGCGGAGGAGCCCGCAAGCCAGCGGUUCCCGAUCUCCAUGUGAGCAAUCGCAAAUUGGGCCUGGCCAAUAAGAGAAAGGGACGCACUCGCAUCAAGCUGGACGCCAAGAAGAUCGCCUUGGCCAAGCAGCUGAUCCUGCGCGAGGCCACCACCACGGUGAUCGCGAACGAGCUGAACAUCUCGCGCACCUUCGCCUGGCGCCUGCGCAAGAGUCUGGUCAACGGGGUCAGUCUGCACGAGCGCGUGGUGGAUCCAUCGCAGGAGCAACAGGACCAGCACCUGCAACAGUUGCAGCAGCAGCAACACCACCACCAUCAGCAGCAGCUCCAGCAAUUGCAUCAUCAUCAUCAGCAGCAACAGCAGCAGCAGGAGGAGCAGCAGCAGCAGCAGCAGGGGGCACCUGCUGGCGAACGGGAACACCUGAACCACCUGAGCCUUCCCUACGGCCACCUGGGCCUGGGUCUCAUCAAGGAGGAGCGGCAGGACAGCGAGGAUGAGGAUCAGCAGCAGCAGCAGCAGCAGCAACACCACCAUCAUUCCCAUCAUCCGCACCAUCCGCUUGGCUUGGUGGACGAGUGCGGAGCGGAGGAGAUCGGAGCCGAGGAGACGGCUGGCUACAUGGCCGACGAGGACGCCGUUUGCGGAUUGCUGCACAAUGGCUACGACCCCGAUCCCGACUCCGAUCCCAUCGAGCACGAUCCCUUCGAGGGCACCGAAAACAACGAGCAUCACUUGAACGGGGGAGGACGACCGGGAUCUUCUUCGCCGGCGCCGCAGUUGCAGCCGGGAUCGCUGGGAGGCUCGUCCGGGGUCGCGGGUCCGGGGUUGCAGGUCCACGCUGCCGGGCGGUCCGAUGUCGAGGUCUACAAGCGCUUGCUGGCCGAGUCGCAGCACUUCCCGCACAUCGUCAACGCGCAGCAGCUGCAGCUGCAGCAGCAGCACCGCGAGCGGGAGAGGGAGCGGGAGCAGCGGGAGCGGGAGCGGGAAAGGGAGCAGCUGCAGCACCAGAAGGCCCACAACGGCGGGAUGCCGAUGCUCACUCGUUAUCCGCCUGCCGUCAUGCAUGCCCUGCCCGUCAACCUGUCCCUGCGCUCGAUGCCCCACAUGAACAGCAACGAGAGCAACGGCAGCUCCAGCAGCAACACGGCAGCUCCAGUGCCCGUUCCCGGCUCUUCGGCAGCCGGAUCGGCAGCCACGCCCACCGGCAAGAAGCCACGCAAGCCGAACGUCUUCAUCGAUGACGAGAAGUACGCCAUGGCCAAGCUGCUGGUGGCGCAGAACUCCUCCACCAUGGAGAUAGCCAGGGCCCUCAACGUGUCCCAAAUGACGGCCUGGAAGGUGCGCGAUGCCAUUCUCAAGGGAGUGCCGCUCUCCUACCGCAACAAGCGCUCCGACGGCCGCCACUCGGAGGAGUUCAGCGCCAAGGAGCAGCAGCAACACCACCAGCAGCAGCAGCAGCAACAGCAGCAGCAGCAACACCAGCAACAGAAGGAGCAGCAGCAACGCCAGCAGGAGAUGCAGCGCCAGCAGCAACAGCAGUUGGAGCAAAUGGAGCUGAUCAAACAGCAGCGCCAGCAACAGGAGUUGCUGCUCCAACAGCAGCAGCAGCAGCAGCAACAACAGCAGCAGCAACAGCAGCAGCAGCAGCGUCACCACGCAACAGCGGACACAUCACACUAUCAGCAGCAGCAGCAGCAGCAGCAGCCUAAGAUGUUGCAUCCACGCCGCCGCUUGAAGGCAGCGGAAAGGGAGCUGCGCGACAAGGAGAUCACGCGGGAAAUACUCGAGCUGAUCAAGGAGGACAGCAACAUUCAGUACUGGAAGGUGUCGGCCCGUCUGGCCGAGAAGGGCAUCAAUAUAUCGCCGUCGUCCGUCUGCCAGAAGCUCAAGUCGAUGGGCAUCCACCGGCGUUGGAAGCCGGGCGACAAGCCGCCCAUGCUGGCCAUCAGCCAGCUGAAGGCGGCCACUGUGGCAGCUGCAGCAGCGGCAGCCAGUUUGGCCGGCGUUGGCGGAGUAGUCGGCGGAGUUGUCGGCGGAGGAGGAGGAGGCGCCGGACUGGCCAGCAGCAGCUUUGGUUUAACCGACGACAGCUUCGAGCAGCAGCAGUUUGACAUGGGUGGGCCCCACUUUCUCAGUGCCUUCACGCGCUAAGCAAACGACCAGAAGUCCUCCCCAUCUAGAACUAGAGUUAAAUAUUACACAUGCAUACUACACGUGCACAGAAAAGUAGAGCAGAGCGUAAGCUGAAGGGAUUUUCCGGCAUUUUGUCUGGAAACUGAAAGUGUUAAGCUACCAAGCGCCCUUUUUUUUAUGAGCAUAACCAAAUUGUUUCAUCAAAUUAUUGAAAACUGUAGAACAGUAUUACAUUAGGCAAAAUUAAAUAUGUAUUUACUCAAGUUUUUAAAAUUUGUACGAACCGAUUUCUGUGUAAUCAAGAAAUUACAUUUUUUAAAGGAGAUUUGUGUACUUUGGAAAUCCCAUCCUAUGCAAGGAUUGCUUUAUUUUUUUUAUUGAAUAUUCUUGAAUUGUUAUUUAACGCCAGCAGUUUCCACGACGAAAUACCACGCUUAUGUCCACGAUUAAGAUUUUUAGGUUUUUAUUUUCGAGCCACCCUAAUCCACAUGCAUAGACCAGCACAGGAACAACUUGUAUUUUUUAUAUAGUAUUUGAAAGGGAGAGCGCGCUUGAAAUGUAUUUGUAUUUGUAAUCAAUAUGAGAACGCAUAUAUUGUAUGACUCUGUAUUAGAUUUAUAUAUCCAAUAUACAUAUGUAUAUGCAAAGCAUUCCUAGAAUGUCACACACAAGAAACACGCCCAAAAACACGUUCAUUCCAAGCGAGGAAAUCAUUUCCUUUCUAUUAUUUCAGCAGCUUCCUUUUCCUCUUCCUUCAUCCACACACACACACACAGACACGCAUAUACACUACACCAACACACACACACACACACACAAAACUAGCUGAUAAUUUAUAAUAAUUUUAUUUACAUAUUUAUUGAUCGCAUGUCCUUGUGUGUGUGUGUGCUUUUUUAGCUGAGAAAUGUAUUUAAAGGUCUUCACCAUUUAUAAUUUAUUUAUUUUACUCACGCACACAUACACACACACACAUAAGCAGUUAUUAAGUACUGAACUUUAAUUUAGUUAAAUUAACGCAUCAAACGAUAAAAUAACAAUCAGAACAAAGCAACCGGAAGCAGAACAAACAGAGCAGCUAGAGAGAGUAAUUAAAGCUAGCGACAUAAGUGCAAUUAUAAACAAAACUAAACCUAAAAACAGAAGAAUGUGAAAUACUAAUAUGUGAAUGAGAAGGAAGAUGCGAAAGUGAGAGAUGGGAGAUGGAGAGGGAAGAUAUUCAAUAUCCAAUUUGUCGCCCAAACACCACUAAGGUUUUGUAGAAAAUUCCUUUUUUUAAACUUGAUCAGGAAACCCCUGAGAACCCAAACCUUUUUCUUUUUCAUGCAUUUAAACUUGACGAAAUUUCAAAUAGUUCAUCUGAAUGAAAAGAAAACAAGGAAACUAUAACAAAUCUAGCUAAUUUUGAAGUUGUUAAGACCCAGCUUAUACUGGGUGUAAAAUUAUAAAAUAAGUUUAGUCCAAUUAAAACAAAUCUAUUGUAUUUCAAAAACAUUGUUUACAUUUCCAAAGAUAUACCAAAAUUUUGUUCGGCUGUAACCAGGCAGAAAACACACAAAAUCUAUAAAAGGACUCAUCCUUGGAGCCUUUGCAGUGGUGGCAAGCCAUUAGUUCAAUAACUCCCGAAAAGGUACAAAUUGAAGGACUACAUUUCACCCCGUUUCUCCUUUCUUUCUCCUGUUUGAAUUGCAUAAAGACAGUUACUCCGAAUCCGAAUCCGAGUCCGAAUCCAUCCUCCAACCAAUCCCCAUUUCAAGUACGAAAGUAAUGAAAACGAAACAAACGAUCAAUGUUGAAAACUUGGUAGCCAAUUGUUAGUUGAAAACGAGAUAAAAACCACUAAAGAACAAAUCAAAAAAAAAAAAAAAAAAAAAAGAGAAAGAAAAGAAAUGAAGACACCUGAAGCUGAGGACUCUGAACUGUAUUUAUUUACAGCCAAUUUUAGGAAGGUAUAUUUUAUUUUUUUUGUUGUGGAUUAAAUUGCAUUUGUCCGCUAUUUACUUUGUAUAGCUUUUAAGGCUAGAAGUUAGAGCAAAAGAGAUAGCAAGAGUGAGUGAGUGAGAGCGGGAGAGCGUUAGCGAAGGUUAAGAUAGUAUUUUUUUAUAUUUGUGUACAAUCUGUAAUUGUAACUGCUUUUUAUCAAUCAAUCGAUGAAUGAUUCCCUCCCUUUACCAAACCACACACAUGCAAACACACACAUACUUGCAAAGUAUUUCUAUAUUCAUUACAUAAAUAUAUUAUCUAUUUAAAAUAUAUGUAACAUUACAAUGCGUACGAAACUAAAUUGUAGCUAUUUUUUUCUGUUUUUUUUUUUUAUAUAUAUAUAUAUAUAUAUAUAUAUCAUAUUUAUUAGCCGCAGCUUACAAAGUAGAUUUUAAAAAUAAUUACAAUUUUUUGUAUGCAACGCAAAGAAUGAUGUCUAUGAAAUAUAAUUUAAUAAACAUGUAUUUUAAAGCGUGUAGUUGUAAGAAUCCAUUGCAAGCAGCAUCAACAAAUAGAACUGACGUGCCUAUGUAGCGAUUAAAUCUGACUAAACACUAAACACUAAACACCCACACACGAAACCACGGAACACCCGACACACUAGAGACAAGCCGAUGUAAUGCAUUAAAUAACCAUUCCAAAAUGUCAUAUAAAGGAAAAGAAACAAAAACAACAAAAAAACAAACAACAUUAUAUAUGAGUACAUAAAUGUAGCAGAAUAUAUAUAUAUAUGAAACAUGCUCUAUAUAUAUGUAUAUUUUUUAUUAAAUAUUCCAUUUCAAGA